UCCUUUUCCUUUCCUUUCCUUUACUUUCUCUCCCCUCGCCUCUCUUUUUCAUGGAAGUUCUUCAAACAACAACAGAGGGAUCAUCUUCUCGAACCUCUCUCCUUGAUUCAUCUCCGCAACAACCAAGGCAUGACGAAGGCGAUGGAGACGGCGACGGAGACAGAACCAUAGAUGAAGCUCUUCGGCAGCUGGAGACAUUCCUCAGAGUCUUCGGCUUCUGCCAGUAUUCUCUGCUGAGCUUCGCCCUCUCUUCUCUCUCAUUUAUCGUUGUCGGAGUCGUCACUCCGCUUCUCUGUAUCGAGCUCUCCAACUGCUCCAACUGCGAGAAGUACCAGAUCAAGAGGUUCGAGCUUGAUAUUUUGGUUUCUGAGGUCGUCGUUGCUGCUAUUUCUCUUUUGUGCAUUUCUCACAAUCUCCGCAAGUACGGUGUGCGGAAAUUUCUCUUCGUGGAUCGCUACCAUGGCCGUCUGAUCCAGUUCCGCGAGGAGUACGUGCAGAGAGUCCGUGGGUUUUUCCAGUUGCUGGUGAUCUGGAUACUACCUUGCCUCCUUGUGAAGACUAUCCGCGAGAUCAUUCGGAUUAUAUAUGCUCAUCAAAAUUCAUGGUGGCAAUCUGCUGCGAUUUUGUUUGCUUUGAUUGUGUCAUGGUCUUAUUCAACUAUAAUCUAUUUCUCAGCUUGUGCUUUGUUCAAUUUGGUUUGCAACUUACAAGUGAUACACUAUGAGAAUUAUGGGAAGCUUUUAGAAAGGGAUUUAGAUAUUUUGGUAUAUAUUGAGGAGCACAUAGUUUUAACUCACCAUUUAUCGAAGAUAAGUCACAGAUUUCGGAUAUUUCUUCUUCUGGAGUUCUUGGUUGUCACAGCCAGUCAGUUUGUGGCUCUAUUCCAGACAACAGGGAACCGCGGGAUCAUCAAUUUCGUCAAUGGAAGUGAUUUUGUUGUCUCCUCUAUUGUUCAGGUUGUUGGUAUAAUUCUGUGCUUGCAUGGAGCUACAAAGAUUUCACAUAGAGCCCGAGGUAUUUCAUCAGUUGGCAGCAGAUGGCAUGCGUUAGUUACAUGCAAUUCUAAUGAGGCUUCUCAGUUGGGAACUUUAAACAGCCGGGGAAACAUGGAGGCUUCACAAGCACUGGGCUCAUUACCUAUAAACUACUCAGAAAGUGAUUUGGAAUCAAUUGAUGUGCCCUUGCCUGUAAACACACAAUUGGUUUCUUAUAUGGCCACGUACCAAAAGAGACAAGCCUUCGUUUCUUAUCUGCAAUCAAACCCUGGGGGGUUCACUGUUUUUGGAUGGAUAGUUGACCGGGCACUCAUCAUCACAAUCUUAUUCGUUGAGCUCUCGCUGGUUCUCUUUGUACUCGGGAAGACCAUAACUUAUACUACCACUUGAUUUGUUGAAACAACCCCUCAGGCCCUCAGGCGGGGCAUACUUAGGACGGGGCAAAAAUAGCAUCAACUACACAUGUAAGCUAAGCGUCUACACAUCUGCCUUUCUGUUUGCCUCACGACAUUGAAGACAUUGAAAUUUGAGGAACCUAGCAUCACAUUAAUUAUUUUUUUAGGAUCAAAUAAGGUUUUGUAACAUUUAGUUUAGGCAGUGUCAUUAAAAAUGCAAUUCCAAGUGUUUUUACCAA